UGGUUACACUACUGCAUUUGUUUACAAUCAAGAGCACGUUCAUCUGUCCUUACUGUAUGAUCUAUUGAAUCAUAUUAAUAUGCUAUAGUUUGUGAUAACGGAGUGUAAAAAUCGUCUUCCUCGUCUCUUCUGAAAAGGAUAGCAAUCCACCCAGGGAGGGACAGAUUAAAAGGCGACAUUGCUGACCAGAACAUUGCCCUCUUGUUGGGCGAAUUCGUGUUAGGCCCCCCUCUGUGUUUGAGGUGUUAUCCAAAAGGGAGCUCAGAGCACGUUGUGUUGAUGCGCUUUGGAUGCUGCCUGUGGGACAAGGGUCUUUUGGACAAGGGACGUUAAAAGGCGGGAUAACAAAACAUGGCAGGAAAGCGUGAGGACUUCGAGACCCCUAUGGGACCGGAAGAGGGGAAAGUUAUGAUAAGGAACGACUCCAGCCUUCAGACCAGCAAAGUGGUCGAAGGUGACGAGAAUGAGACCAGGGGCAACUGGUCUGGCAAACUGGACUUCGUGCUGUCUUGUGUCAGCUUCGCGGUGGGACUAGGCAACAUCUGGCGCUUCCCAUUCCUCUGCUUUGAAAAUGGAGGCGGUGCAUUUUUGAUACCGUAUUUGAUCAUGAUAUUGGUAGCAGGCCUUCCAAUGUUCUUCAUGGAGCUUAGCUUCGGUCAGUUUGCCAGUCAAGGAUGUCUCACCAUCUGGAAGAUUUGCCCUCUCUUCAAAGGGCUAGGUUAUGGUAUGCUGAUUGUCUGUGCACUAGUGACUCUAUACUACAACGUCAUCAUUGCGUAUGCGUUCUUUUACCUGUUUGCGUCCUUUACGAGUGAGUUACCAUGGAAGACAUGCGGAAACGAAUGGAAUACUGGCAACUGUACCAUUCAAAAGAAGGGAGAAAAUGGCACCUUGGAAUACAUCUUCCAGAAUGGAACCUCCCAGAAUGAAACACUCUACAGUGAAACCUCACAAAAUGAAUCUUUCACGAACAUCACCCAUCCAGUUCGUCCCAGUGAGGAGUAUUUUAAUAAUUACGUGUUGACCAUGUCAGACGGUAUGCAUAUCAUGGGUCCAGUCAAAUGGGAGUUAGCCUUGUGUCUACUCUUGGCUUGGAUAGCUGUGUUUUUCAGUCUCAUCAAAGGAAUCAAAACAUCCGGCAAGGUGGUAUACGUCACAUCAACUCUUCCGUAUGUCGUCUUGCUGGCUCUGUUUAUUCGAGGUGUUACACUGGAGGGCGCUAUUGAUGGUAUCAUUUAUUACAUCAAACCUGACCUGGAAAAACUCGCACGUGCGAAGGUUUGGCAGGAUGCUGCUGUGCAAAUCUUCUACUCACUUGGAACUGCCUUUGGAAGUCUACACACACUGUCGAGUUAUAACAAAUUCCACAAUAAUGUUUAUCGAGAUGCGAUAAUUGUGACUUUUAUCAAUUGUGGUACGAGUGUCUUUGCUGGGUUUGUCAUAUUUUCUGUGAUUGGAUUCAUGGCAGCUGAUGCUGGAGUAGACAUUGAAAAGGUUGUAGCAUCAGGUCCUGGACUAGCAUUUAUUGCCUAUCCUGAGGCUAUUGCUCGUAUGCCUUUCUCAACCAUCUGGGCACUGCUGUUUUUCGCCAUGAUUCUUAUGCUUGGGAUUGGAAGUGAGUUUUGUAUGUUCGAGACUGUGAUCACUGGAAUCGUAGACGAGUUGGAGAAAUAUAACCCCAUCUUCCGAAAGAAGAAAUAUCUUGUUACUUUAGCGAUGUCGGUAUUGCUGUUCUUAUUGGGAUUACCGAUGGUUACUCAUGGUGGGAUAUAUCUUCUGACGAUUAUGAAUGCAUUUUCGGCGGGCUUGUCUGUCCUGAUAAUUGCAAUGCUUGAGUGCAUUGUGGUUGCGUACAUUUAUGGUGCUGAUCGCUUUUUGGAUGAUAUAAAUGUCAUGGUGGGUUUCCGACCUGGAUUUUAUUGGAAAGCAUGCUGGAAGUUACUGUCCCCUGCCUUUAUUUCUUUCAUCAUCAUUUUCACCUUUGUUGGUUACCAACCGAUGACAUACAACAAGACGUAUGUGUACCCGGUAUGGGCUGAGAUAUUGGGAUGGUUAAUGUCAAUGUCUGCGCUGGCUCCUGUCAUGAUUUACCCAAUUUAUUAUCUAUAUAAUCAUGUGGAGGGCACGUUCAUGGAGCGUCUUCGUCAGUCCCUGUGCCCAACAAAUGAAUGGGGGCCAGCCCUUGAGCGUCACCGGAAAGAGGCAGGCUUCCCUAUACUUCCAGAAACUGAUCAUGGUAUAACACUAGAAGAAAUAAAGAAACUGCACACAGAAGCAGAGACGAAUGUGAAUGUGUAGAAGCGUUGGAAUGCCGAAAAGAAAGUUUCAAAAGAAGCAGAAACAAAUUAUUAGAAGGUCUGGAACACCGACAAGAAAUUCAAAAGAAGUGGAUACGAAAUUGGAAAAGCACUUGAACACAGAAAAGAAAGUUAAAAAAGAAGCCGAAACAAAUUAUUAGAAGCACUGGAACACCCAAAAGAAACUUUAAAAAGAAGUAGAGACAAACUUGUAGAAGCACUGAAAUACUGAGUACAUUUACAUCACAAAGUUGAAUUGGUCUUGCCCCUUCUUUUUUAAAGACUGGCUAAUUUCAUUUACAAAAAAAACCCAGCUUUCCAAAAGUAUAUAAAGCAAUACAAACUCUAAAGCUGUACAGUUUAUUGAGUUAAAAAAUUAACAUUAUCUUAUAUACAGGAACCUAUGGCCUGCAGUUCCAUCGCAAUUGAAUGAAAUUUGGGAUGGGGUGACCCACUCUUCCAGUUUGAAAACAGUUUUAAUCAAUUUGUUUAUAACAAGAUCAAGGGAUCUGGAAAGCUUGAUGUGACACUUUGCUACAGACAAAAUGACUGUUUCAUGGAAUUAUAUAUAUACUUUGUAAAGCACAGUAUAAAUUUAAAGCAUCAGCAAUGCAAAAGAUAUUUUAAAUUGCGUUAUCAAUGCAUUUUACUAAACUAAGCUAAAUAUGAGAUUAUACGAGUGUAGUAUUUGGCGGUAUAUAUUGACAUAAUUUCUAAUGAUGAAGUUAACAAAUUCGUUAAAUUCAACCAGAACCAGGGUAUUUAGCUUUAUUUUAUUUUAUUUACCAUGCUAAACUUUGUCUUUUAAACUAAAUCUGAAAUAGUUUUUAAGGAACAGUAUUGGUGUCUUCGGUGUUGUUUUAUGAGUCGGGAGUCGUUAUUUUAUACCAUUGUUAUACUGAGAUGAAACCCUUUUACUAACACUGGACACUUUUGGUAUCUGUCAAAGACCAGUCUUAUUAGUAUUAAUACAAAAACUUGGUGUAUCUCAACAUGU